AUGGACGACGACGCACGAAAGCUCGCGCUGCUGCAGCAGCUCGCCCAGCCAGACUCGGAAUCAGAGGACGAAGGCGAGAGCGACGACGAGGACGAAGGCGAGGGUGAGAGCGACGACGAGGACGAAGGCGAGGGUGAGAGCGACGCCUCCACUGCCCAAGACGAGCUUUCAGGCAUCGUUCCACCGCUCGACGCGCACGGCCGAGUCGCCGGCUGCCCACCCGUCGAUCGCUCCACUCGGACUUACCGCGACGCUCUGGUCCUGGACGAUGCCACGCUCGAAUCGCUCCGUCGCGACUGCUCCGUGGUAUACUCGCUUGACGGCUCAAACUGGCAGGGCGCGGACCAGCCGCCGCGCUGCCUGAUGGAGUCGCUCGCCCUCGCCGUCUUCGAGCGGCACACGCGCGGCCUCGAAGUAGACCGGACGCGUUCGGGUGCAGAGUGGUGGGCGCAGGUGCGCACUCCCGGCGACCAGGCUGAGCCGAUCCAGUGCCACUGGGACGUGGAUGAAUUCUGCCAGGACGCGCUGGGCGUUGCGAUCUCGCCCGCCCUCUCCACCGUCACUUACCUCUCCGACGCGGGCGCGCCGACGCUCCUCGUCGACGCGCGCACACCCAAAGGCUAUGCCGUGCGCCGCGCGUACGGCGCCGUGACGGCGGCGACGCUCUCCUACCCGCGCCGCGGCAAGCACCUCGUAUUCGACGGCCAACUGCUGCACGGCGCGGUCCCACUCGCGCGCGGGGCGGCUGGCGACGACGACAACCGCGGCGGCGGCGGCAGCAGCGACGGUGGCGGCGGCGGUGGCGGCGGCGGUGGUGGCGGUGGUGGCGGCGGUGGCGGCGGCGGCGUGGAUGGCGCGCGCGUGACGCUGCUGGUCAAUGUGUGGCUGGGGCACAUGCCGUGCAACAUCGAGCCGAUGCCCGACUCGCUGCUGCCGCUGCUCACACCGCUGCCAGCAGACGACGCCUCCGCGGCCGCAGCGACGCGCCGACUCGCCGGCGCGGGCGACACGGGCGCCGGCGCGGGCUCGGACGGCCAUGCGUCCGCCGACGCGCAGCUCGCCGUCCGCAUUGGCCGCGAUCCGACCCCGGGCAGCACUCUCUUCGAGACCAACUUUGGGAGAGGCGCACCGCGCCACCGGCUGACCUUGCCGCUACCGCCGCCGCCGUUGUUUGGCUGCGCCGGAGCCACAGCUCGCGACGCCGCCGCCUGCGACCAGACGCCCCUCUCCCCACACGACACCGUCUCACUCCGCUUCGACGGCGGCGCCGGAGAAGGCAGCGCGCGCAUCUGCGCCGCGCUGCGCCGCGCCGCGCCGGAAAAGUCCCCGGCGGCAGCGUGCGAGGCUGCGCUUGGGCCCACUGGAAAGCGCCGGCGCAGGGACGGGUAG